AUGGUCAGCUCCUGUUGUGGCUCUGUCUGCUCUGACCAGAGCUGUGGCCAAGACCUCUGCCAGGAGACCGGCUGCCACCCCAGCAGCUGCCAGACCUCCUGCUGCAGGACCACCUGCUGCCGCCCCAGAUGCUGCAUCUCUAGCUGCUGCAGGCCCCAGGGCUGCCAGUCUGUGUGCUGUCAGCCCACCUGCUGCCGCCCCAGAUGCUGCAUCUCUAGCUGCUGCAGGCCCCAGGGCUGCCAGUCUGUGUGCUGCCAGCCCACUUGCUGCCACCCCAGAUGCUGCAUCUCCAGUUGCCACCACCCUUCCUGGAACAGCUCCAGCUGCUGCCACCCCUCUUGCUAUGGCUCCCGCUCCUGUGGCUCCAGCUGCUGCCUGCGCCCAGUCUGUGGCCGGGUCUCCUGCCACACCACUUGCUAUCGCCCCACCUGUGUCAUCUCCACCUGCCCCCGCCCUGUGUGCUGCCCUUCUUCCUGCUGCUGA